AUGUCGACUCUGGCGCACGUGCCGACCCAGUCCAAUGUGAUAGAGUACGGCGAGAGCGAUGCGGACGUGGGUGAGCGCGAGUGGUACUUCAAAGCGGCCGACGCCGACAAACAGGACCGACAGGAACCGCACAGCUUCAAGGAGGUCAGUCACGGCCGCCGGGCGGCAGCACGCUCGCCCGGCAUGAGCUCGUACCGGCGGCCGGCGGCCGGCGCCGCCCCGGCCGGGGGCGCCAAGUACGGCGUGGUGACGUCAUCAGGCGGCUACGGCCCGCUAUCGCCGCUGGGCAGGGCGUACGACCUGUCAACGGCACCGACCCACUACACCGGCGGCGCCACUCGACUGGUCAGCAGCACCGGGGUGCCGCGCAGGUACCAGCUGUACUCCCGGAGUGACGUGCCGGCCGGCCACGCGAACUUCGACGUGGUCCGGCGGCCGGCCAACGCGCGUCUGGACGCGGCGCGCUACCGCCAGAACCGGCACAGCUGGGCGGCCGGCACCAGCCUCAGCCGCUCCACCACCGUCGCGUCAGUCGGCGACCUGCGCUGGCGCUCCGGGCGCGCCGACGCCGAGUCACCGUCCGGCCGGGCGGACUCGCCGACGCCGGUCGGCAGGCGGGACUCCCUGCGCGUCUGCGAGCGGAAGGAGGCGCCGGUGGACGCAGGGGGAGCGGACUCCUCGGUCGUCAGCAGGCGGGACUCCUUGCGCGUCUGCGAGCGGAGGGAGGCGCCGGUGGAUGCAGGGGGAGCGGACUCCUCGGUCGUCAGCAGGCGGGACUCCUUGCGCGUCUGCGAGCGGAGGGAGGCGCCGGUGGAUGCAGGGGGAGCGGACUCCUCGGUCGUCAGCAGGCGGGACUCCUUGCGCGUCUGCGAGCGGAGGGAGCCGCCGUCUGAUGCUAGGGAAGCGGACUCCUCUGUCGUCAGCAGGCGGGACUCCCUGCGCGCCGGUGAACGAAGGGGGGCGCCGGCGGGCGCUGAGCCAGCGGAAUCGCCAGAGUCCACAGUCCGAAGCACCGUUGAGCGAGUGGACUCCGUGGCUCAGGCCGGCCGAGCAGGGUCCCGGACUCCGGCCGGUCGUGCAGGGGAUGGUGACCCGGCGACCGUCAGGGGCGCAGCUGGAACCUCAAGCCACGUCAUCAAGCCCGGGGCAAGCUCACCAGAGGAGCAACGUGGCCAUCGUGCUUCCCCAACUACCCAACAGCGCGCAAAUAAAGCAGAUGUGCCUACUGCCAAGGCGAAAGGCUCGCAAGAACCAAAAGGUACCCGUAUUGUGCAGAAGACAGGUGCACAGCAAGGACCACGGCAGUUACAAGGCGGUACAAGCCCCACGCCUGCCGUACGGAUCACUCAGACAAACAUGGGUCACCGGCCGAGUGAAGUGACACAUCGAGCGAAAGACAACAGUGUUGUCGCAAAGCCCGGCGGUGGCUCUUCUCCACAGCGAGAGGAGAAUAUCAAGGCUUGUGUCACUAAAAGCCAAGCUCCUCAACCUUCUGGGUCUGUUCAACAGCCAACAGGAUCCCACUGCCAACGUGGCCCUCAGGAAAUAAAGAUCACGUCCACAUCAUCGAAGCCGAGUGCUCAGGCGCCUCAAAAGACCAACGAUGGUCCCUCGUCACCACCCAAACUAGAAGGUCGUGCCCUCCAGCCACAAAAUGGAAACGUUUCCAAAACAAAGACGAUUGCUGAGGCCCAGCCCAGUACAAAGGAGACUUUGAGUUCCACAAACUCUCACGCAAAAACUUCCAAGCAGCCUGAUGAUCCUCCGCAUUCUAACAGCACAAGUGAUACGGCUCAGCAAAAACCGCAAGAUAAACAAGUCUCGCCAAAGUUGAUAACGCCACAUGGGUUGAAAGGCAUCCCUUGCCCGAAGCCGGCAAUUAAGAUCGGUACACAAACAAACACAGAAUGUGGCAGCCUUAUCAGUAAUACAGGGACGUCGAUUCGGAAAGACGAUUUACCUCUUGAACCAAAGCCCUUGCCUCCGGAGGAUAAGUAUAAGCAGUCUUCACGCCCCUCUGAUAAUCAGAAACAGGCCCCAUCGAAGCUCGCAAGCUCAAACAACGGGGCAGGCGUUCCGGCGCAAAAUGGCGCACUACUAAUGAGCGGCGCGGCGUCCUCAGAGACGCAGCGCUCGCCGAUUUCUACGGCACCUCACACAGAAUCAUCAAGAGGCGAUGGAUCUGUUACGCCAGGAUCUCCCAAGUUGUUGCUUAUGGAGCAUGUGGACUCGUCAGAAAAUUAUGCAAAAGAAACACAAAUAACCACUUCAGUAGAUGCCAAACCAAAAGACGUGAAACUAUCUGAAGCCAAACGCCAGGCUCCAGCACCUGAAAAUAGCGGUACAAAACCUGCAUUGACCAGGUCAUGUUCACCUGAUCCAGCGCAGUCAUCAGCCACGGAGUCCUCCGACACCGCGUCCUCGUCAUCUGGGUCAGCUGACUCGGAGGAUACCAGCUCGUCUGCGUCCGAGGCCACAUCUUCCGAGUCAGAAGGACAACGGGAUGUCCAGCAGGCCGAGUCGGAGGUCGCUGCCGCCAGCCGUGUGCAGUCGGACCGCGUCAAGAGGAUGGCGCCUGAGUCAACUUCUUCUGAAAAUACAGGAUCCGAAGACAGCGACGAAACAGAGUCCGGGUCAGACUCGAUGUCGUCGGCCGUGGGGGAGCUGUGUGACGAGAUAGCUAUACCAAAGACUAUCACCGCAUUCCCAGAGCCUCAAAAGAAGACGCAGACUUGGUCGCAAGCUGAACUUGGUUCUGUAAGACUCAGCCCUGUGGCAGGUUUGGAGUCCAGCUCGUCUUUCUCUAAGCCUGUCGAAGCAGUUCCUGUCGAGCCGAUGAAGUCGACCUCUCCCUCUUUAAGACCGACAAAACCCCAAGAUGAUGAGCAGAGCAGCUCCGACUCUGUCUCUGAGUCUAGCGACUCCUCCGAGUCUUUCCCGGUACAGCGGAAGAUGGUAGAGCCGCCCGCUAGAUCAAACGAGGCCAACAUUGCUCAGAAAACCGCCGCUGGGUCAGCCUCUACGCAACCCGCAUCACACGGAGAAGAAACUCAAAUGCCACAGCCGGUGCCUUCCUGCGAACCUUGCCAGGUUCAGAAACCCCCCGCCCGGGGAAUGAUCAAACCAGCGUCUAUGCCAUCCACCUCUAUGGAGUCUGGGGAGAAUGAGACGACUGAGUCGUCUGAGUCAAGCAGCUGGGAGUCGACUGAGUCCAGCGAGAGCAAGCGCCGAAGCUCUGACUCGUCUUGCGCCAGUUGGUCAGAGUCUCACGAUGCGGAACCUAACGAGUCCGAAUCUAGUUCAUCGGGAUCGGUAGAAUCCAAGGAGGAAUCGGAGCUGUCUCCGACUGAGGACGCCCCCCUCAGACCCGAAGUCGCAUCUCCUGGCUGUAAGCCCGUUCGUGAUGCGCCAGAAGUGGCCGAGCCUGCGCCCUGGACAAUCCCUUCCGCGCAGGAGAUCAUCAGCCUUGAGCCGAGCUCUUUUCCGCCCGGAUCCACGAUUCCGGAACCAGAACUCGUAGCACCUGACUCAGACUCUUCCAUUACUGUGUCAAACCUCAUAACUACAGAGUCUGAAACCCCCUCCUUUCCAUCUUCCUGCCAUACCUCCAAGUCUCCCCAUGUUUGUUCCAGGUCUGAGGCUUCCGUACCCGAAUCUGAAUCAUUAAGUUCAAUUUCAGAGCCCGUUUCUUCCGAGUCUGAGUCACUCUCCUCGGACUCAAGCUCAUCAACUCCUUCUACUCAACCAAAUGUUCCAGCCGUAACCUCUCAUACAGCGACCGUGAAGACGCCAGAAGAACAUCCGCAUGCAACAGAUCCCACUGCUUCAGCCCACGAGGAUCUUGCACCAGAUUGCACAAUACAACCAUCCUCAGAAGAGACGGCUCGAAGGUUGGUGGUGGCACCGCAGACCCCGCCUAUCACUCUACCGUCCCUGUCGGAAGCCUCACACCCACCGGAGAUAUCUCACCCGCCCGUGAUCGAGUGCUCAGGUCCUCUCUGGCCGAAGACCCGACCAGACCCAGAACUCCCACCGUCGCCGGAGGAUACCCCCGCUUCGGAGUCUUCCAGCUCCUUGCCCUCGCCUGCUCCGUCGGCUCAGAACACCGGAGACGCGGCCCCGGAGGCCGCACCGCUGGCACGCCCUGCACCGCCCCGCCACCGGCACCGG